GUUCACUACCUCCUUGUACAAAAGGUACAUGGUGGGUAGUAUUUUGUUCGGUGGGCGUCCGUUUAGAUCCCGUGGGAUUGUCCUCGUCUAACAGGAAGGACCUUUAAUCUCCACGGCAGAGGUUGAGGGAGGAGUCUGGAAUAAAGUUCGAAAGGAUUGAAGCCCGAGCACGCGUGCGCACACAUAUACGAGUGCCUGUGCCUUGGCUGAAAGGCAAUGGAUACGUAGGUAGAGAUGGAGCUUGGCAUUUGCCACCCUCUUUACUCACAUGGCGGCUAAUGAAAGUCUUAGUGAGACUAGACUUUGGGAAUCAGUUAAGGAGGACCCGACGAACUUUCCGGCGUGGACAGCCCUUCUUGCAGAAACUGAGAAAACAUCAACUAAUGACCUUUGGAAAAUUUGUCAAGUCUAUGAUUCUUUCUUGCAAGCAUUCCCUUUAUGCUAUGGUUACUGGAAGAAGUAUGCAGAUCACAAAGCACGCAUGAGUACUACUGAUGAGGUUGUAGCAGUUUAUGAGCGAGCUAUCCGAUCUAUAACAUAUUCUGUUGGUCUCUGGGUCUGCUAUUGUAGCUUCGCUACCAUGGCAUUUAGAGAUCCUGGUGAUGUUCGAAGGUUGUUUGAGCAAGGGAUUUCAUUUGUUGGAAGGGACUACCUAUGUCAUCAUCUAUGGGAUAAAUAUAUUGAAUUUGAAUAUAUUCACAAGCAAUGGAACCAUCUGGCUGUUAUUUACCUUCAAACUUUGCAAUUCCCAUCAAAAAAAUUGCAGAGUUAUUAUGAGAGAUUUAAAGAGUUUUGCAAUAUUUGGGAAGGUGAGCUGAAAUGUGAAAACGGUGUUCAUUCACAAGGACAUCCAGAAGAUGAUUCUUUUGAUGGAGUCUUGGAGAUAAAGAGAAGUGGAGAUGGUGAUAUUUCUAGCAUUAUAAAAGAACUCCUGGAAGAGCCAUCAGGCUCUCCUAAGCCUGAAGUAUUAAAUAAGUAUGUAUCAGUGGGAGAAGAACUCUACCAGGAUGCGAAGCAGAUGGAUGCUAUUAUUCAACACUUUGAGAAGUGUAUAAGGAGACCAUAUUUUCAUGUAAAAGCGCUUGAUGAUGUUCAGCUUGAAAAUUGGCAUCGGUAUCUUGACUUUGUUGAGAAGCAACAUAAUUUUGAUUGGACUGUUAGACUGUAUGAGAGAUGUCUGAUUUGUUGUGCAAACUACCCUGAGUUUUGGAUCCGUUAUGUAUUACACAUGGAAGCUGAGGGAGGAAGAGAAAUAUCAAAUUUUGCACUUUCUCGAGCAUGUGAAAUUUUUCUGAAGAGGUCGUUGGAUAUUCAUCUUUUCUCAGCGAGUUUCAAGGAGCAAGUUGGCAAUAUCUCUGGUGCUCGGUCUGUUUUUCUUGAUUUGGCUUCAAAAUUUCCUUCCGAUUUUGUUGAAAUUGUCAUUAGAAAUGCGAAUAUGGAAAAACGUCAAGGAAAUGUUGAAACAGCCUUGGUAACAUAUGAAAAUGCACUUGCAUUGGGAAGCAGGAAGGUUCCACUGGACCUUUCUACCCUUUAUGAGCAGUAUUCUAGAUUUACAUAUAGGGUAACAGGUAGCAUCGAUAGAGCCAGGGAGGUCCUAGUCAAAGGUGUACAACGUUUUCCUCAGUGUAAAACACUUCUGAAGGGACUAGUACAUUUUGAAUUGAUGCAUGGAGGCCCUGAACAGAUUCCUCUGCUGGAGUCUCUUAUUACACAAGCAAUAAUUCCCGAAUCCAAUACAUCUCCUUCCUUGAGCGGCAUGGAACUUCAGGAGAUAUCAAGGUUAUUUGUAGAGUUUGUGGACUUGUGUGGCACCAUCCCUGAAAUAUUAAAAGCAUGGGAUCGUCAUAAGAAGCUAUUCCCACAUGUAAUAAGGGAAACUUCUUCAUAUAAAUGGACUCCCAUGGAUGUGGAAGCAACAAGGAAACCAAGUGGUUCACCACACCACUUCAUGUCUAGCCAGGAAACUCCCGAUAUCCAGGCUGAGCAGUCUACAUUAAGUCAACCCUUGUAUGAAGAAGAUAAGAAUGGCAUAAAAAUGCUUUCACAGCAUGUGCAAUGCUUGGGUGAUGUUGGGGCACAAAGUAGGAUAAACUCAACUGCACAAAUUGCUGAUGCAAAUGUAACUGGGGACUCCAUUUCAGAGAGUAAAAAUACUGACUUGCACUCUCAGCCUCCAUUGGCCGAGCCAAUAUAUGGGCUUGAAAGCUCGAACAAUGCUCAGGAUGAAAAAGUCAUACAAAAUAGAUCUCCUCAGGGAGAGAACUCAGAAUCCAUAGAAUGUGUGAAUCUUUAUAAAACAGGGACUGAUCUCCAGCCACCACCUUUUGAAACUCUUUCUAUAUCCUGUGACACUGCUGAUCAGUUUACUCCACCAGGUACUAACAACCAAAUCACUCGUCAAUCAAUUACUUUGAUGAGCCCAAAUGGAGGAAUAGAUGGGGAAGAUAAACAUGGUUCUCUCAAAUCUGAUCCAGCAUGCACAUCGUCUGAUGGAGCCAAACAAAUUCAUGGAGAAAUUCCUAAUGAGUCUACUCCUACUAGUGUAGAUUCAAAUUUACAUGUCGAAAGACAAGUACCCCCAGUUCCAAAUUCAUUGCCAGAUCCACAUGCAAGCCAUGUAGUGAACUGGCCAUGUGUAGAUCCUAAUAUUGGUUUCCAUAGAUAUCCCCCCCACCAGCAUCAACAAUGGCUGGCUCCUCCUCUUUCCCCAUGCCCACCUACUGGGAUACAUUUUCAGAUGGCUGGGAGUGAUGGGUAUUCAUCUCAGCCUCAACCUUGGCAAAUUGCUCAAGCAUGCCAUGUCAACCCAAUGCAUGUCCAAUACCAGAUACCUACUCAGGCACACUCUGUGGGUGCCAACAGCUGGCCUAUGCAAAAUAUGCAACAAGAUAAUCAACGGGGACCCAUGGUUAUCUUGCCCAAUUCUCUACAGCAGCCACCACAACACUAUCAGUAUCCUCCAGAGAGUAUUGAUCACUAUGGAGGUAUGCAUAGCAAUCCAGAAUAUGCCCCUCAUAUCUGGCAUUAUCCUCAGCAGAAUCAGCAGCAACAACCACAGGUCAUUGCAUUACAACAGCAGCAGCAGCAGCCACAGAUCAUUGCGUUGCAGCAAGAGCAGCAGCCGCAGCAGCCACAGGUCAUUGCAUUGCAGCAACAGCAGCAACAGCAGCAGUAUUGGAACCAUAUGUACUAUUCUCAGCAAAUGGCAUAUUCACAUUACUAUGCAAGCAAUACAUAUGGGCAAGAAUAUGGCCAGCAUCCUAUCGCAUCACAAGGUCAAGGGCAUGCUCAACCCCAAAAGGACGGGACCCUAACUGGGUCUGCGCAUCAAUGUAGCCACACAGAGCCUCCUUUGAAUCAGUGAAUUCCGAAUUCAAAUUUUUACAUGUGUCAAGAUGGCACCCAUUGAGUAUGUAUUGAGUAUGUAUGUUUUGUCAUGUAUUAAUACAUCAUGGUUUUAAGUUGCUAGGAUUUAUUUGAUGGGCAUGUUUUGUACAAUUGUUAUGUAUUACUUGGGAAUUCAUUAUCUAUACUAACAUAUUUUGGUUUUUAACCCUUUUAA